AUGGAUUAUGGUAGAGAUAACGAACGCGAGACCUCUCCAACCACACAUGCUCCCCCUUGGAAGUUCUGGCGACGAUUGUCAUCAAAACGCCACAACUCAAGUAACAAAAAAGAUGGAGACAGAGUAGAGUUUUCGGACAGCUUGCUCGCCGGCCAGUCCGACGGACGAAGCCGACGCGAAUGCAUUCUGAAGGAAGCAGACGAUGGAGUGUCUAAUGAAGAGGAUGACUUGCUAGAAGACUUGCCAGAUGUUCUUGAUAAAAAUGCUCUUCGAAGAUCUCAGUCGCUGAAGCCGCCGCCAAAACCGCCUCGACUUUUUCUUAUGCGUUCUUCCUCGAUCAACAACCACCGCAACACGCAGACCCUAACCUCGUCCCGAAACUCGUUUGUCAUGAGUUCUAACAACCGUCACUCAAAAGACGAGGAGUUUAUCAAAUUUCCAAUCAAUAUAGAAAACGGCCGAUUUUUAACGGAAGCCACUCAAAAUGGGUCUUUGUACUGUAUUAAGAAUAGUGGAAGCGAGGCUGUCAAUAAGGUGGAACCUGAUUUGACUAAUAAAACUGCUUAUGAUGGAAAAGGUAUUAAAUAUUCUGCGAAUGGUAACCCUAUGAGAAUCAAGAUGGAUUUGGUAGCAUCGGGUCAGACUCAUAGAAACCGUGACAAAAUCACCAAGCACACUCUUAUUCUUCAUUGCUUGUCUGAAUUACUGUGCCAGCGGCUGAAGCCAACUGGGCUCAUCGAAGAGAUGUAUAGAACACAAGUUAUAACAAGCGGCGACUUGCAAGCCUUUCGUGGUCAUCCCGACCAUCGAUUAGUAUGCGAGAGCCUCAUUACUACAGUAUCCAGAGGAGAUGACCAACAAUAUGCAGCGUUUUGUCAAGUACUGCGAAAUACAGAUAAAUACCGUGAUGUUUCUGAAAUGUUGGACGCCAUGACCAAGAUCUCGUUCAUGAUUUCAGAGAUCCACGCCGUUGACGAAGACGAGAAUAACAUACUGGCUGAGGAGAAGACCAUCAAGUUUGAUGUUGGAUUUUACGAUGAGGAGGCUCAUCUUUUGAAGCCCGUCGUCGAGUUGGAUCGGAUAAAAACUAUGAACGGGAAACGAGGCAUCGGACUGCGGGCGUCCGGUUCUCACUCUUCACAAAUCUCGAACGCUUCUACGACGGACGGAUCGUUGUGCAUGAACAACGAUCAUGAACAGGAUAAGUCCUUGCUGGUUCCAAUGAUGACGGUGAGCAUCUUAGGUCAUAAUUUGAAAGGUGAUCGCACAAAGGUCCUGGCUGAUGUGUUGCAUACAUAUAACUGUAUUUUGGAGCUUUGUUUGGGCAAAACUCAAUUGACCAGCUCCGAUAUUGGAAUAUUGUCGAUCCCAUUACAAAAAAAUAAUAGUCUAACUGUUUUAGACGUUCGAUUGAAUCCAAUCGGAAAUGAAGGCGCUUCUAUGUUGGGAAAUGCUCUGGAACAGAAUAAUACUUUGAGACAGUUAAAUCUUUCGUCCACAGGUAUGGACGGUGCCGGCUGUAAAAGAAUCUGUGAUGCCCUCAAGUUUAACACUGCCUUGCGAGAAUUGGACAUAAGCUUUGUAGACCUCGGUGAUGACGGUUGCGUUCAUAUUGGCGAGAUGCUACAGCAAAAUAAAACACUUAAGAAACUCCGGUUACGGAGUAGUUGCAUAACCUGGGCGGGCUGUGAGUUUCUGUUCAAUGCUUUGACCAACAACACAUCUCUCACAGACAUCGACUUGAGUCGCAACUUCAUCGGUAACGAAGGUGCCGAUAUCGUAGCUCGGCUUUUGGCCAAGGAAUCCUAUUUGCGUGAAUUGAACCUGGAAAACUGUGGGCUUACAGCACUCGGCUGCAACCAGCUCUCGCAGGCCCUGAUCAAAAAUAUUCGCCUCGACAACCUAGACCUCAGCAAUAACUUUAUCGGAGACACGGGCGCUCGGAAACUUUCCGAAGCAAUUGAGGAAAACACAUGCCUCAGGUGUUUAGGGCUAAACAUGUGCGAAAUUACGAACGACGGUUUUGAGCGUAUACUGGACGCUCUUGAGUGCAAUAAAUCUCUGCACGCACUGAAACUAUGUUAUAAUCGACUUGGCCGUGACACGACCAGUCAAACGGCCAGUUCGGAGAACCUUCGUUAUCGUGUACGAAUUGUCACAUCGUCUCGACCGAAGCUGAGAUUACUUUUGUGGGGAAACACUUUUGAAGAAUCCUAG